AUGUCUGACGAAAGGGAAAAGGCAAUUCAAGAGUUUAUUGAUAUUACGGGUCACACUAGAUCUAUUGCAGAGCAGUAUCUAAAUAAGAAUGAUUUUAUAGUGACCAUGGCUGUGAAUGAUUAUUAUAACAAUGAGCACAUUACACCAGGAACCAAAGCUGACACAACUCCCAAAGCGGUAAAUAACCCUAACGUCAAACAACGGAAAUCAGGAGGAUCUACUUUGAAGUCAUUUUCUGAUUUGAAGAAUGACAAUGGAUCUGACGAUGAUGAUGGUGAUAUCAAUUUCUUUACAGGCGGAGAGAAGUCUGGGUUAGCCGUUGAAGAUCCAAACAAGAAAAAGAAUGGUAGAAGCUUGGUUGACGAGUUGCUUGAGAAGGCACAAAGAGAAGCUGGCGAACCCGAUUGGCGAGAUAAUGCAGACUCUGAUGAAGCCAGUUCCAAGAAGCAAAAGUCAUUUAGAGGUACAGGCCAUUCUUUGGGAUCUGUUGAGAAUGCAAUUGAAUCCAAGACCAUUGAAGAUCCAAGCAACCAGGCACAUGGCUUCAAAAAACCAGAGAAGGUUACAAGAACCAUUACCUUUUGGAAGGAAGGAUUCAGUGUUGACGAUGGUGAACUAUACAAAUAUGACGAUCCCAAAAAUCAAGAAUAUUUACAGCAGUUGAAUACAGGUAGAGCCCCAUUGAGUUUACUAAAUGUUCAAAUGUUUCAAGACGUUGAUGUUAAUGUAGAUAAAAAACUUGAGGAUAGCUAUUACUCCCAUCAAAAGUCCAAGCCAAGAGUUUUUGGAUUCCAGGGAACGGGAAAGAGGCUAGGAUCACCAGUUCCAGGAGAACCAACUACUGUUGAAGAAGCAUUGGCCAGAGAAGAAGCUCAACAAGCUACCUUGUCGCAAACAAACACAGAAGAAACGGCCGAGAAAACUGCAGCAUCAGGAGUUGCGGGAUCCGGUGAUACCACAAUUCAAAUAAGGCUAGGUACAGGGGAGAGGUUGGUCCAAAGGUUCAACUCAACUGAUGCUGUUGAAUCUAUAUAUACGUUUGUUGCCAACCAUACCAACGAUUCCAGAGCAUGGGGGUUAGUGACUUCCUUCCCAACACAGCCACUUGAUGAUAAGAAGCAACAGAGCAUAGCAGAUUCCAAGUUGAAGAACUCUGUAGUCAUUCAAAAGUGGAAAUGA